GAGGCGGCGCAAGUAAGGAGGGCGCGCGCCGAGGCGGCUGCGGCAGUUGCGCGCUAGGAUUGCUACCGAGCGGCGGGACGAAUUCAGCAUAGAAUAAAAUGACAACCUCCUGGAGUGAUCGGUUACAGAAUGCAGCAGAUCUGCCUGCUAACAUGGAUAAACAUGCCCUGAAAAAGUAUCGUCGAGAAGCCUAUCAUCGGGUGUUUGUGAACCGAAGUUUAGCCAUGGAGAAAAUAAAGUGUUUUGGUUUUGAUAUGGAUUAUACACUUGCUGUGUAUAAGUCCCCGGAGUAUGAGUCCCUUGGUUUUGAGCUGACUGUGGAGAGAUUAGUUUCUAUUGGCUAUCCUCAGGAACUACUCAACUUUGCUUAUGAUUCCACAUUCCCUACCAGGGGACUUGUCUUUGAUACACUAUAUGGAAAUCUUUUGAAAGUUGAUGCCUAUGGAAACCUCUUGGUCUGUGCACAUGGAUUUAACUUCAUAAGGGGUUCUCAGGUAGCUGCUCAGAAGAGACCAGAAACCAGAGAGCAGUAUCCAAAUAAAUUUAUCCAACGGGAUGACACUGAAAGAUUUUACAUUCUGAAUACACUAUUCAACUUACCAGAGACCUACCUGUUGGCCUGCCUAGUAGAUUUUUUUACUAAUUGUCCCAGAUAUACGAGCUGUGAAACAGGAUUUAAAGAUGGGGACCUCUUCAUGUCUUACCGGAGUAUGUUCCAGGAUGUAAGGGAUGCUGUUGACUGGGUUCAUUACAAGGGCUCCCUUAAGGAAAAGACAGUUGAAAAUCUUGAGAAGUAUGUAGUCAAAGAUGGAAAGCUGCCUUUGCUUCUGAGCCGGAUGAAGGAAGUAGGGAAAGUAUUUCUUGCCACCAACAGUGAUUAUAAAUAUACAGAUAAAAUUAUGACUUACCUGUUUGAUUUCCCACAUGGCCCCAAGCCUGGGAGCUCCCAUCGACCGUGGCAGUCCUACUUUGACCUGAUCUUGGUAGAUGCACGGAAACCACUUUUUUUUGGAGAAGGCACAGUACUGCGUCAGGUGGAUACUAAAACAGGCAAGCUGAAAAUUGGUACCUACACAGGCCCCUUGCAGCAUGGUAUUGUCUACUCAGGAGGUUCAUCUGAUACGAUCUGUGAUCUGUUGGGAGCCAAGGGCAAAGACAUUUUGUAUAUUGGAGAUCACAUUUUUGGGGACAUUUUAAAAUCAAAAAAACGGCAAGGGUGGCGAACAUUCUUGGUGAUUCCUGAACUUGCACAGGAGCUUCAUGUCUGGACUGAUAAAAGUUCACUUUUUGAAGAGCUUCAGAGCUUGGAUAUCUUCUUGGCUGAACUCUACAAGCAUCUUGACAGCAGCAGCAAUGAGCGCCCAGACAUUAGCUCCAUCCAGAGACGUAUUAAGAAAGUAACUCAUGACAUGGACAUGUGCUAUGGGAUGAUGGGAAGUCUGUUUCGCAGUGGCUCCCGGCAGACCCUCUUUGCCAGUCAGGUGAUGCGGUAUGCUGAUCUCUACGCAGCGUCUUUCAUCAAUCUGCUGUAUUACCCAUUCAGCUACCUCUUCAGAGCUGCCCAUGUCUUGAUGCCUCAUGAAUCAACGGUGGAACACACACACGUAGAUAUCAAUGAAAUGGAGUCCCCCCUUGCCACCCGGAACCGUACUUCAGUGGAUUUCAAAGAUACUGACUACAAGCGGCACCAGUUGACACGGUCGAUCAGUGAGAUUAAACCUCCCAACCUCUUCCCAUUGGCCCCGCAGGAAAUUACACACUGCCAUGAUGAAGAUGAUGAUGAAGAGGAAGAGGAGGAAGAGGAAGAAUAAGGAAGAAAACCAAAACUCUAAGCACCCAUUAAACAAGUUCUGGCAGGACUCACAGGAGCAUACCAUGUCCCUGUUUGGGUUCUAGCAGGAGGGGGGGGCACUCCAUCAAAGGUAUAUCUGAAAAGUUUCUGAAGACCUUAAGAUAAUUCUAAUCAUAGGGAGAUACUUGUUUUAGUUUUGUGUGUCUACACUCUUUACAGAUGGUUCAGAAUUGUAAUGGCAUCUGUAUUGGAAAAAAGUAAGGGUAAAGCUGGGCUGAAUUGCAUGCAGAUGGCUCCGUCGGGCCUUGUGACACCGUUUCCUUGUCUAGUUUCAUCAUCAGUAUGUUGAAGGGUCUCAGAGUGGAACAAGGGUGAUGAUGGAAGGAGGUGAUCCAAAAUGCUGUUAUGUUACAAGUUGUGCUCUUACUCCAAAAUCCAUCUUUUUUCGUGCAUUACAUAGUAUUGUAUAUCGGUGGAGAAAUAUAUUGUUUCCAUUAUCAAAUGUAGUCUUCUGUUAAAGUCAAAGUCCCUUUUAUGUGUCCUCAGUGACUUAGGUAAGGCUGUUGUCCGUUAGUGGCUUUGCAAAAUGUUCUCUAUUUGCUGUAGGGCUGAUCUGGAAUAGACUGCAGCAAUUUCAUUUUGAGGCAAAAGUCUUCAUCUAUUUCUGCAGUUCUGUGAUUGAUACCAAAAAAAUCUUGUUUUUUGAAAAACAAUCUUUUUUCUCAUCUGGGAUAAAUCUGUAGAAAAAAUUUAGCUGAAAGGGGACAAAGGAGGAAGCCCCCAAAAAGAAGGAGGAACUUACUUCUUAUAUUACAGCAUAACUGAGGAAAAUUCUUUAGUGUGGGCUCUAUCGUGUGGUUCAUGCUUUCGAAUUCUAGCCUUCUAUCCUCUGGAGUUGAAUGCUGAAUUCCAUUGUCAAACAGUAGAAGACAGGGAGCAGGCUCUGUAAGCCAGAACCUUACUACAGCAGAGGGCACAAUCAGUGUGAAUAGAUUGACUUCAGAAUCCUAAGUAAAAUCACUUCUUGUUGUUUUGAACAAGAAUGAAUCAUUACUGCAUACUUUAGGGGGUAUUAUAACUGCCUCUCAGCACAAUGAAAGUUGUUACAACAUUUUUAACAGUGGUGUAGACUCUUACUUUAACCUUCAUAUAUUUCUUUCAUUCUUAUUGUCAUUGGUCAAAAUGGGAGGGUAGAUUAGCUGCUCUAGAAUUCAAUAAAGUAUAAUAUUUGUAAUACUGACUUUGACCCCUUCUGUAGCACAGCUGUAAUAACUAUUGGGUUUAGGUUUAGCUUAGUGACAUCAAUUUGACAUUCUCUUCUCAAAAGAAGCAUAGUUUAGCAUGACUAACAGUUAAAUUUAUAGCACUUAAAUAGGACUCAAUUUCCUGGGAAGUUUUUUGGUAUAGGACUAUGAGGUAGGGCUUUUCUCUCUUUUUAAAAAAAUCAGCCCUGGCUGGUUUGGC